AUGCGAAUUUUGGUGUUUGGCCUCAUCUGCCUCGUUUGGCCGCCUUGUGUGUUGGGUAAUCAUGGCUACCGGAGCUCUCGUCCGUGGCUUCCUCGAGCUGCUCCCGUCAGCCUGAUCACGGCAGACUUGGUCUCCGAAGACGACUUGCCUGAAGCGUUUGAUUGGAGGAGCGUUGGCGGACGCAACUUUGUGACCAGCGAUGUGAACCAACACAUCCCGCAGUACUGUGGAUCCUGCUGGAUACACGGGACAACAGCUGCUCUGAACGACCGGAUUAAGGUCAUGCGGAAAGCGCAAUUCCCUGAUGUCAUGCUUUCCCGGCAAGUCUUGAUGAAUUGUGUGCCAGCUCCAGACAAUGCGAGUGCUCCCCCUCCAGGAUGCGAUGGAGGAGACUCCUGGAUGAUUCACAAAUAUUUGCUUGAGAACGAUGUCCCAGAUGAAACCUGUAUGCCGUAUCAAGCCCGAAACAUGCAAUGUACUCCUGCUGACCAAUGUCGCAACUGCUUGCCGAAGCAUGGCUGCUGGUCAAUCAACACGUGGACAGGGUAUGGUGUGAGUUCUUAUGGCAACCUGUCGGGCGAGGUGGCAAUGAUGAAAGAAAUUUAUGCCCGAGGGCCGAUUGCCUGCUCGUUUGCAACAGAUGCCACGUUCAUGAUGAACUACAGCAAGGUCGCCUCAGAAAAUGAUGGGGUGUUUGUUUCCAACAAGACGUAUACAGCAGAUGACAUUGAUCACACCAUGGAGGUCACCGGCUGGGGGCAGACAGCUUCCGGAAUUAAAUACUGGACUGUCAGAAACAGUUGGGGAACAUACUGGGGAAGCAAUGGAUGGUUGAAGCUCAAGCGUGGUGUCAACAUGCUGAUGAGCGAAUCGGAGUGUGACUGGGCCGUUCCACGGUUUCGGGAGUUAGACGAUGUGCUUGCAGGACAUGUGCUAGGUAGCUACAUAUCCAAGCCAUCGCGCCUGAGACAUACACGGAGUUGCGACAUCUUGGACUCCACUCUCGAGGAGCCUUUAACGUAUUACAAGUCCCUGGAGCCUAUCAAACCUCACUGGCCCCGUUCCUGGCGCAGGCUGCACCUCAUCGAUGGCAUUCGGGUUAGAGACAUGGACACCGUUGUCGUUCCGUCGCGCAACAGCCUCUCCAAGACGAAGAAGGGUUUGCUGAGGUCUUCCAGUGGCACGGUGACGUACUCCAGUACUCAUCGUCUGAAGGUUGACUUAGACGCGCAAGAGAUCGCCUACAUCCUAGGUGAUGGAGUCCCAGGCGGCGGUCAUGCAUGGACACCCUCAAGGCUUGCGGUUGAGUUUCGGACAAGGACAGGCAGACCAGGUGUGUGGAUGCACUAUGACAUUGGAUUAGCUUCCUUCCUCCUCCUCUUCCCGAAGACGUUUGAAGUGUUUGGGCCGGCGAAUGAAUAUGUACGCCUCGUGCGCAAAAACUGUCGCACGUUGCUGGACAAUGUCGAGGAUGCAAUGGUUCGCCUUGCCAUGGGCCGCGAGGAUGGACGGAUCCACUACAACAUAGCCGACAGCGCUUUCCAGGAUCCAGAGGAUAAGUGGGUCAAGCACAUGAACGACCUGAGCUUUGCCAGUGCAAGCCCAAAGGCUCACAUCCUUCCCCGGCUUACAACGCACCGUUUGAAGGCAGCCUACGUUCAGUCAACAGGCGCAGCGAUGGCGCCAGACAGGACUUCAAGAUCUGACGCACUAGGCUUUGGCAACCUCGGCUGA